AUGGAGACAGAGGAAGAGAAGAAGGAAAGUAGUAUAAGCAUGGUGGAGGCAAAGUUGCCGCCUGGAUUCAGAUUUCACCCGAAAGACGACGAGCUUGUCUGCGAUUACCUUAUGAGACGAUUGCUUCACACUCCUCCUCCUCUCUUCUUGAUCCAAGUCGAUCUCAACAAGUGCGAGCCCUGGGACAUCCCCAAAAUGGCAUGUGUGGGAGGGAAAGAUUGGUACUUCUACAGCCAAAGAGAUCGGAAAUACGCGACGGGGCUGAGAACAAACAGAGCAACGGCCACCGGAUACUGGAAAGCGACAGGGAAAGACAGAGCCAUUCAAAGAAAGGGUAAGCUUGUUGGGAUGAGGAAGACAUUGGUGUUCUAUCAAGGUCGAGCUCCCCGAGGUCGCAAAACCGAAUGGGUCAUGCACGAGUUUCGUCUCCAGGGAUCCUUUGAUCCUCCCGUGGAUUCUCCAAAGGAAGACUGGGUCUUGUGUAGAGUGUUCCACAAGAAUACAGAAGGAGUGUCAUGUAGAGACAACAACAUGGGAAGCUGUUUUGUUGGUGAGACAGCCUCUUCCUCUCUUCCUCCGUUGAUGGAUUCUUACAUCAACUUUGACCAACAAGAAGAACCCUCUUCUUACCUCUCUGAUGAUCAACACUUGAUCAUCAAUGAGCAGGUGCCCUGCUUCUCCAAUUUGUCACAGAACCAAACCCUAAACGCAAACCUGACCAAUGAACUCAAAACUCCUUGCAAGAACCCUAACCACUUGUUUCCUGGUGGUUCAGCCUUAGCUACGCUCCCGGGGCUAGACUCAUUCUGUUCUUCCGAUCAGAUGGUUCUCAGAGCUCUGCUGAGUCAGCUCACAAAGAUCGAUGGAACCAUCGGGGAUAGUUAUGCAGAAGGCAGCUCCGGGAGGAGCCUCUUGACCGACAUUGGUAGUGCCUGGAAUUGCUGA